CUCAGUGUGGGGGUUUCAUGAGAAACCCUAAAUCUAGUCUCUCUCCUUAAUAUCUUUAACCCAUAAUAUAUAGGCUCUCGUUUUCCCCACCCGUCUUUGGCAGCCGCAGCCUCUCUUCCUCACUCUCUCCUUCGCCGAGGCACUCUCGGCUCUUCAUCUCUUUCCGGAACAGCUAAUUCUCUAUAAUGGGUCGUGUUCGCACCAAGACUGUGAAGAAGUCUUCCCGGCAGGUCAUUGAGAGGUACUACUCGAAAAUGACCCUAGACUUCCACACUAACAAGAAGAUCUUGGUGGAGGUUGCCAUCAUACCCUCAAAGAGGCUCCGUAACAAGAUUGCUGGAUUCUCUACCCACCUGAUGAAGAGGAUUCAAAAGGGUCCAGUGCGAGGCAUCUCAUUGAAGCUACAAGAAGAGGAGCGUGAGCGCCGUAUGGACUUUGUGCCAGAAGAGUCUGCCAUUAAAACCGACCUGAUUAAGGUUGAUAAGGAGACCCUUGACAUGCUUGCUUCUCUUGGCAUGUCUGAUAUGCCCGGACUAGAAGAAGUUGAACUACAGCCUGUUAUUCCAGCCCAGGUGUUUGGUCGGGGUGCUGGUGGCCCUAGGAGGUACUGAGGUAACUCGGUGGGGGUUUUGAUAACCAAAUAUAUUAGCUGUUAUUGAAAUAUUGGGUACCUUUUUUUUUUGUUAAUUUUGAUACUGGUACUAAUGAUAAAGUAAGCAGAUCUUAUUUUAUGGUUGUUUGUGAACUUUGAGUGUGGUACCCCUAGCUUAUUUAAUGGAGAUUCUGAAUCUUGUUAUGGUUCA